GGUUAUGGUUUAACAGAAGGAGGACCGAUAUCAGCGAUGGUCGAUCCUGAUGAAAGUUGUCGUCUUGGAUCGGUUGGUCGUCUUGCAGGAAUCACUGAAGCUAAAAUCGUCGAUCAUGUCAGUGGCGAGGCUUUGUCGAUCGGCCAAGAAGGAGAAUUGUGGGUGCGAGGCCCAGGGGUAAUGAUAGGUUAUGUCGGCGACGACGAGUCGAAUGCGUUGUCUUUUACUUCUGAUGGUUGGUUGAAAACUGGCGAUCUUUGUUACUUUGACGGAGAAGGUUUUCUUUACAUAGUGGAUAGACUCAAAGAGUUGAUAAAGUACAAAGGAUAUCAGGUCGCGCCUACAGAGUUGGAGCAUUUGAUUGCAUGCUUGCAAGGAGUUGUCGAGGUCGCUGUCGUACCGUUUCCUCAUGAAGAAGAUGGCGAAAUUCCUACGGCUUUUAUAGUGAGAGAAGCGAGAAAUAAUCUCAGCGAAAUCGAAGUGAUGGAUUAUGUUGCGAAGCAGGUAGCACCUUAUAAGAAGAUAAGAAAAGUCUUCUUUGUUAGUUCGAUACCGAAAUCGCCGUCAGGGAAGGUCCUGAGGAGGGAGUUGAUGAAGCAAAAAACUUCUGGCUUUGCCUCCAGAUUAUAGUUUGUAUUGAGUUCUCAUAUGAUAAUCAUUUAGGUAAGAAAUGUACACAACUUACCUGAACUAUGGAGCAUUUUGAAUCGACUGCCCAGCAUUCUAAAAUUUUGAUUUCACUAUCAUAUCUUUCAAUUUGCUUGAUUUGAGUCGGUCAACGACACUUUUAACUUUAAAAUUUAAGAAUUUAAUUAAUAUUCUUCACAGAAUUCUCGCAAGUGUAAUUUAUUAAAGUAGGAAAUUAACUUAAAUUUUGAAGUCAAAGUACGUGCCGUCGACUGGCUUAAAUUAGUUAAACAAAUUGAAAUGUUGGGCAGUAAAAUCAAAAUUUUGGAAGAUUUGGGUAGUAGAUUCAAAAUGAUCUGUAGUUCAGUUAAUUUUUGUACGUUUUUUUUACCAAUUGUUUAUUGUAAAGCUUCUAGUAUAUAUCUAAUUAUAUUUAUGUGUAUGUAAAAUAUUCAAAUAUUGUUUGACUUAGUAACUUGUACUAAGAACAAUUUUUUCUUCUUUAGUUGUGGAAGAAGCAUAUAUCCUUGGUAUGUUUCACUUA